UAUUUUGUCCACUUAGUUGUGCAAAAAAUACCGACUGGAGCAUUAUGUGUGGUGUAGAUUUGAGUGUUCGGAAAAAUCUAUAUAAUUUGCAGUCGUUUACAUAAACUAUCUUGACAGUUUCUUUAACUACACUGGUUUUAUCAUUUUUAUUAUGUUUUUGGGAGUUAUGACGGCUACCAAUCCAAGCGGAAGCAGUCACUCCACUCUUUUGCAAAAGCAAAUGUCAUUUAAAACAUCCGUAGGUGCAAAUCAACUAUUCAAAAAUGACGAUGUGGAUAUGAUUGAAAGUGGACAUACAGAUGCUGCAUCUAUGAGUAUGAGAUACAAAUCGUUGCAGUUAGAAGUUUGGCGAUCGCUUUUAUUUUGUAAAAAAAAGCUGACUCAAAAAUUUGUGCAAAAUUUGCAUUUGCAAAUUUUUACUGGAAGUCGUUCGCGUACUUUAUUUGCCAGCAGAAGAGAGCGCGAGAGAAAGCAAAUUUUGACUGUUAAGCCAUCUGGAAUAAGCUGGAUAUGUUGCGCUCCUUGUACGUGGUUACGAUCCUCAGCUGCAAUACACAAAAUAUCUAUUACCACAGCAACAUUACUGGUUACUUUACUGCUUGUUGCUUCUCCUAUCUUGUUUUUAAUAAGCACAGCUCCAUCGCAAUUGCCACGUGAUUGUUAUCAAGAUGACGAUAUGUGUUCAGUAACAGCUACACUUCCAACAGAGUGUAUGGAGUCCAUAUGUAGAGAAGCUGCCCAAACCAUUCAUGCAAACCUCGAUUGGAAAGUUAAACCCUGUGAAGAUUUUAAGAACUUUAGUUGUCCCACAUACUUACAUCGCUUAGGAAGCUUUAACGUACUACACAGUGCACAGGAAACUGUUGAUUUACAAAUGCAACAAAAAUUCCAUUCUGAGACCAGGCCACGAUGGCGAAUAGGAAUCAGUUUCCUUCCUCUAUUCGACCUUGCAACGAGCAGCCUUUCAUACCGAUAUGUGAGUUGUGAGGUCUCACAAGUCUUGUUUCUGUAUAAUGAUCUCUUGCAACAUAAUACUACAACUGGCCCGUUUAGAAAACUUGGUCGCUUAUUUGGAAGUUGCCUGCGUCAAAGUUUAAAUUCAUCAUCUCUUCGAUUGGUAUCAGCCCAAUUAGGUGGAUAUUUACCAAUUGGAGCAGUUGGGCCUUCAAGCAUUUCCGAACUUAUAGCAAAAAUAUUUGAGUUAGGACCCACUCCCUUAAUUGAUAUAUACUUCGAUUUAAGUUACGGUAGACGACCUCAUGCCAUAUUAAUAGUCAAUGUACCAAGCACUCCUGCGCCAAUUCUAGAAACAAAAGUUAGAUGGAUGGGACCCAAAGCACCACCUCAUCGCUUAAAAUUUGAAGCACCGACACUGCUUAGAGACUUUCUGGAGACAUUUUUACCUAAGGACUUAACUGCGGAACAAACUGCCUCUGAAAUGGAAUCCAUAUCGGCUUUUAUAAAGGAGUUAAACAAGAUACGUAUUGGUCACUACCGGCGUGGAUUUUGGGACAGUGUUGUUUUAUACAACAUUUCUUCCAUGGUUGAAAUGUAUCCCGCACUAAACUGGACAUCUCUAAUACCAGGUAAUUGGAGUGGACCGAUUGUUGUAAGAAGUUCUGAAUAUCUUAAGGCGAUGGAAGGACUGAUGACGAAGUAUUCUAUGCGUGUUGCUCACAACUCCAUUCUUGUUUUGUUUGCUUUGGGUGUAUUGCCUCAAGAUCGCCCGUCCCCUUCUACAUGUACUAAAGCUACAAUGUGGGCUUUGCCAGAUAUAUCGUCAGCUCUCUUGAUGGCACAGUAUUCACCAGCUGAUAUAACAGAAGCAGUACAACGCAUUGACGUUAUGUUUAAAUCUCUUAAAUCCCAUCUCAAGAGAGCUCCAUCACUCAAAGGCGCGGCAUUGGUGAAAUUAUCUGCUUUGAAAAUACAAGCUGUGCCAUGGAGUGGGUUUUCAAAUGCUAGUAUUAUAAGCAAAAGUUUGGAAAUAAUGGAUAUAACUUCGGACAACUGGUUUGCAAAUGUAUUAAAUAUAUACAAACGCACGAGUGUUGCACCUGAAGAAAUAAAACUAAACGCAGAGUCACAUGAGGCGUGGGCAUAUCCGACAGUCGCGAGAAUAUUUUACGAUACAUUGAGCCAUUCAAUAGUUGUACCCAUAUCUAUCAUACUAAGACCGUACUUCGAUUCCCGUCUGCCACCAUACAUGCAAUACGCGUCUAUUGGCGUCGCUGUAGCAAAGGAGAUUCUGCGUUCUGUGACGAAAUCAUUUGAGGAUAAGGCGAUGCGAUGUGUUCCUAAAUCUGUUAAUAUUUUCUCCAACUAUAGUCGCAUGGAUAUUUUAAUACAUUCAGGAGGAAUGCAAAUUUCGUACCAUUCUAUGUUAUCAUUGACAGGGCCAACUAAGGGAAUGGCUCGGUUACCAGGAUUAAAUUUAACACCAACUCAAAUUUUCUUUCUUGUUUCUGCUCAGGAGCUCUGCGCGGAAUCGCACUAUUCAGGAAUCGACGUUCAAUCUUUGGAGUUCGAACACAUAUUGGGAUGGCUCGUAGCACAAGGUGGAAGUGCAGCAGAAGUUUAUGAAUGCCCGGUAGGAUCUAUGAUAAAUUCCCAGAAGACCUGCAAUGUUUUGUAACUUUUUCAAUCAAUUUAAAUUAAUUGAAAUUAAAUAAUAUAUUGUUGUAAAUAAAAAUAUAGAACAAA